AUGAGAAAGCAAUCCGGUGGUGGCAGAGAGAACCAGACCACCCUGCUGAUCCUGGUAGGCUUUGAGGAGCUGCAAUCCCUGGGCUUCCUCCCCUUCGCCCUCUUUCUGAGCAUAUAUGUGGUUACAGUUGGGGGCAACAUGCUCAUCGUGCUGGCUGUGGCGUCCAGUCGGACUCUUCACACACCCAUGUAUUUCUUCCUGUGCCACUUCUCCCUGCUGGAGAUCGGCUACACGUCCAACAUCAUGCCCCACUUGUUGCGGAGCUUCUUGGAAGGGAGGGAGACCAUCUCACUGGCCAGUUGUCUGCUCCAGUUCUACAUAUUUGCCUCCCUGGCUGCGGCUGAGUGCCUCCUCCUUUCUGCCAUGUCCUACGACCGCUACUUGGCCAUCUGUCGCCCCCUUCACUACCCGGCCCUGAUGAACACCUGGUUGUGUGGCUGCCUGGCCACGGGGGCCUGGCUCAGUGGCUUUUCUUUUUCUGCUUUCACUCUGGCACUGGCAGCCCCUCUGCCCCUCUGCCCUGGCAGAAGAGAGAUUGACCACUACUUUUGCGACUUCGCUCCAGUGGUUGGGUUAUUCUGCGGGGACGUGAGCAUCUUGUGGGGAGCUGGAGUGACCAUUUCAGGAUUCCUGACACUGGCCCCCUUUCUGCUGAUUGUCGCCUCCUAUGCUCUUGUCCUGAGAACAGGGUUGCGAAUCCCUUCAGGCCCGGGGAGGCACAAAGCCUUCUCUACCUGUUCUUCCCACCUCAGUGUGGUUGGCGUGUUUUACGGCACCCUCAUUGUGGUCUACGUAGCGCCAACAGACCACAUGGCACCCUUGCUCCGAAAGGCCUUCUCUGUUCUCUAUACUGUUUUCACCCCGAUGGUAAAUCCUAUCAUCUAUAGCCUCAAGAACCAAGAGGUGAAGGGGGCCCUUCACAGACUCUGGGGACAACUCAUCCCAGGACAUGCCCCAGGAGUGGGCUAG